CAGUACGCCUUCUGCAGAAUAGCGGAUUCCCGUGGUCACACCACAUUUCCGAAAAGGGCCUCGUUUUCUGUUUAUUCCAGGCCAUUGAGCCCUCUCUCCGGCAGAGCAGAAGAGCGCUGACGUAGCAUUUUCCAUUAAAUAUCACAUUUUAUAAACAUUUUUCGUUUCCGUUUUUGGAGCCGCAGAGUCAAAGGCCGCCGAACACGAGCAGCUACAAAAAAAAUGUAUGAAGAAGAAGUCGAAGGAUGCUCAAAGUAUAAACCGACGAUGAGGUUUGCUGCAAUCGUGGUCGCCACAGUGAUCCUGAUGUCCGAAGUUUCUCUAGCAAUUUUCGAAUAUAUCCAUUGUCGAGUUGAUGGGAAUCCAUUGUCUGCGGUUUUUGCAGCGAUAUUCACAUUCCACUCGCUUUUUACCACAUUCUACAUUAUCGGGGCUUUCCGUUUAGUCGAAUGUUUGAUGGUACCAUGGCUCACAUUACAGUUAAUAUUUCUAACAACAUUUGCAAUGUUUGUCGUUGUCUGGUGGAUUGCUACACUGUUAUCCAUAUUCAAUUUAGUUCAAUAUUAUCAUACUCCAAGUGAUCAAGGCCUCACAAAUGCCGAAUUCUUCGUUCUCACCGGAAUCGUUCUAACUCUCGUUCUUUUCCUCUGUAUGAAACUCUCACAUAUUCUCUACAAAGGAUUUGUGAGUGUCCGGACCCAGAAUAUGACCCGCUACCGGAUAACAGAGUCUGUUCAGAGGACGGAUUCCGUUUUGAAGCCAAGCUAUGUUUAAUUGUUUAUGUUCGAAUUUUUUGUCCCUUUAGUUUUAAUCAUUUCUCUUUUCCGCGUCAUUUGAUAUCAUCUUUUACUUUCCAUUUUAUCGGGUAUCUAAAUAAAUUGUGUUUCUGGUUU